AUGCAUUCAACGCGGAAGCCUUCUCCUUUCAAUCCCAAGAGACGGAAAAUAGAGGAAAAAGUAUCAUCGGAGCCUUCAACCUCGUUUCAUCCAAGUGAAUUAAUAAACGACCACUAUACAGACAGCAACUUUGUAUCCAACUUUCGUAACGCUUUUCAAACCAGGACUGACUUUGAAUGUAGCACUACUAGUGCUAGACUUUAUCCUACGCCAUUCUGCGCUGGCUUGCUUCCAAAUAUACUUUCGUCUUCCUUCCUACACAACGCAAAGCAAGAAAUAGUCACCGAAUACUACACAUUGAAAUCUUCCGAUUUGUUUGAAUUUCAUCAAAGCGAUGAUUUAAAGAAAACGAAAAAGCCACAGGUACAGAAAUUGCGGGAUGCACUAUAUUCGGAUCAUUUCGUGUCGAUGAUGUCUAAUUUAACAGGAAUAGAAUUGAACAACACGCCCGACAUAUCAGCGCAUAUGUAUUUUCAGGGACACUAUUUGUUAUGUCAUGACGACGAUAUUGAAGAUGACAAGGAAAUGAUGGGAAGAAGGGUUGCAUUCAUUAUUUAUCUGGUCGAUGAAUGGGAUGAAAGUGACGGCGGAGCGCUGGAGUUGUUUAAUAUCGACGACGGAGGUAACCCAGCCGAAGUCACGCGCUCAAUAUUACCAAAAUAUAAUACGAUGGCCUUUUUUGAAGUUACGCCGACGUCAUUUCAUCAUGUAGCAGAAGUCCUGUCGCCAACAAAAGUCAGGUUAUCGAUAUCCGGCUGGUUUCACGGAUCUUUAAGAACGCGACUAUCGCUUGCGGUAUACCGCCCAAUUACGCCAAAGGUGUCGGAAAUAACCGAAUAUGUCAAUUCGCGCUGUUUAACGGAUGAAUUCAUGCAGCGAGCUAGAAAAAGGCUACAUAAGAAUUAUUUCCUAGAAAUAAAGGAUUUUUUAAAGGCUGAUGUGUAUGACAAACUCUUGGAAAGUUUAGACCACGUCGAAUGGUCAGAGAAGCCAGUAGGUCCUGCCAACGUCCGCAAAUAUCAUCUCCCAAAGUCAAACCCCGUCGACAACCUUUCCGUCGAUUCGACCUCCCUCCCAUUGCACAGCGCCAUUCAAUUAUUCUUCACUUCCAGCACAUUCACCGAAUACCUGUACAAUAUCUCUCAUUGGCGAUUUCACUCUGUCGCAUCAGAAACUCGUUGUUUCUAUCGCAACAACUAUACAGUCAUACACGACAAUGGAUGGGAUAGAGAGGGUCUCGAUGUAGUGUUCUCUUGCAUUCGCGACAAAUGGGAUGAAUCGUGGAAUGGAUCUACUAUUUACGUCGAUACCGAAGCAGAACCUGAUGAAGAGGGUAUCGAAAAAGUAUAUGAAAUGUGGCCAGAACGGAACAUGCUAACUUUAGUCUUGAGGCCGAAAAUGACUCAUAGCUUCUCCGACAAACAAGUAACGAUGAGUCUUGCUGCACCGGUCAGCGAACAUCCACCGCAAGUCUAUGAUCCUGAGGAGCUAGAGAUGCUCAAGCGAGCAAUUGAGCUCUCUCUCCAGAAGAGUCCAGAUACGCAAAGGAAAUGGAUAUCAGCAAAGGAUAUGUACUACUACGUCGUAUUACCAUGCAUCGUAAUAACGGUGGUUUACUUAUUCCUUACAACGGUAAUAGUUCCCGACUUUGUUGAGCGUGUUGACUCCAAGAUGUUGGAAAUGUCGAGAAUGAGGUCGACGUGUUGGACAAUGUAUCUGGAACUCCAAUGUUCGUUCCGCAUGUUGAACAUGACAAAGGCAUUGGAUGAGAUAUGUGAAGAGUACUCUCGAUGCAGUGUUGGAAUAGGGCUAUUUGUAAAUAGAAUUGGUAUUGCCGGAGCAAUGAUAAGACAGUUCUUUGUGGGGCUGGGAUUGUCUUUUGACGAUAUGUCUUAUUUGAAUAUUGGCAAAAUCUUAUUCAUAUUGGGUUCGUUAGUCGUUAUCAAAACGAUAGCACGGACUUUAAGCACUCUUGCUUUCCGACGCAAUCAAGAACAAGGGUCAAGUAAAUUAAUCAGAUCGAAGUCGUCCUGA